AAACUCGGCAGAACGAGCAAAAGAUCUUUGACUGAAAAUGGCUUUGGCUUUUACCAAUCUUUCGUGGUGGUUGUGGAGUGGAAAGCAGAAGGAGCCUCGAAUCUCUAAUGGAACCUGUUUAAAUUCUUCCCCUGAAUCGGGUUUGCGGGAAUCUGAUGCAUUAAAGUUUCCUUUUGUUAAAGGGGCCAAUAUGGCUGCAUCUAGAAAGGUGAAGCGGAAAUGGCAUAGUCGGGAAAAAAGGAAAAUUGAUAGGGAAUAUGAUGGUGUUCUCGUUCCAUCUGAUGGAGUGUGUUUCUGGUUCUGAAUCUGAUGACUCGGAUUGGUCAAUUGGAUGGUUGGAGCCUCAUGGACCUGGGUUCCAGAGUGAAGAUGAUGCAGACGAUAGUUUCGCUGUGCUGGUUCCAUGCUAUGGGCAUGCUAUUCAUGAUAUGGUGGGGAAAUCAAAGAACAAAGAUCAGAAUACUAUUGGGAGCAUCCCAGAUGAGAGCAAGAAAUUUAUGGAAGAAUGGCUCUCUUCUCUAAGGAACAGCUGA